GCAAUGAUAUCUUCGUGUUCACGCCUCAAUACGAUCGAGUUCCUUAUCAAAUCAUCUCAACACCUCCAAGUUUCCCCCAUUGUUAAGUACUCCGCUUUCUCCUUCUUCGCCGAUCGCUUCUUACCUUCAUUACCACCUUUUAUAAAAGGUGCGAGUUCGUUGAACUGGCUGUUGCAACCUGUCACUGAAAGCACCUUGCAGCUGUUUGUUCUUAUUUCUAUAUGGAUUUCAAGCAAAAUACAUGAUUCUAAACCACUCUCUGUUGCAAGUUUAAAGUUUUUAGCGGAUAAUUCCAUCAAUGAACAACACUUCACAAAUAGGAAUUUCCUAGAAGCUGUAUGCAAACAAAUUCAUUGGGAGGUGCUUUUCAUGCAGGUGUUGAACUUUGAGAUUGGCACAGCAAAUAUUGCCUUUUCAUUCCUUGAUGAGCUUUGGAUUCAAAUCAAGGGAGUGGCAAAAGUUGGUGAAUUGAUUAACUUUGAAGCUUGCAUGGAAAUUAUGGAUCUUCUGUAUGAAAAGGAAGAGACAGCAUUUCUUUAUAGGUCUCCUCAUUCCCUUGCUGCAUCAAUCUUGGUAAUUAGUACAUUCCAUAUAGCUAUUUCCAUGUUACAAAUAAUUUUAUAUAAGAUUUUGCUUUUGGAAAGUUGUCAUAUACUUUUGCAGGUUGUGUCAUAUGUAAUGACAGUCCCUAAACAGAAAUGGGAGUUUCCAGUUCUUGCAUGGGUUAAUUUUGCAGCCUCGUGUAAGGAAGAAGAUAUCAUAAAAAUGGCGACGGAGAUUCUCAAGCAUGUGCUUGAACCUUGUUGAGAUAUCAGGUAAGUGAACUUUGAAAGGUUGAAUCACUUUUGAUAGAUGCAUAGUCUUGAACUUGUUAUUAUCUCUAAAACUUUGUUAUUUAAAAGUAAUAAAGUGUUCAAUAUCUCAGUGUGUCUCUUUCUCCAUUCCACAGCUGCCUCCUUCUUCCAACAUUGAACCUAGUAACCCUAAUCCUUUUUCUAGAGCUGUGCAUAAUUUGGAUACUCAUGACACCAAACCAUAUCCAAAUUGAAACCGUAGCAAGGACUAGAUUCAAAAAUGGAGCCAGAUGUUUCCCCUAAAUUGGUUUACUUUUAGUUUAAAACCGAGUUUCAACCGGUUUUGAUACAGGUUUUAAAGCUUGAUUUAAAACUAAGUUUAGAACAAAAAACGGUUUCGUACAUUUCAAGCCAAUAACAUGAUUGUUUGUUUUUAGUUCUUGUCUUCUUAGAAUCUAAGAAUACAGUUGUGCGAAACUAUAUAACAGAUCCUAUUCAAGUAAGGUCGUACAUGAUUGUCUUGUCUGAUGGUCAUCGAAAGUGAAAAUCGGAAAUAUAAAUAUUUUAAAAUAAUUAUAAAUGAUCAACUAAGUAGGUGUGUCGGAAAAUUUGGAACAAUUGGUAUGGAAAAAUUAAAAUUUCAAGAGUGUCAAUAUAUUGCUCAACAAUAUCAUAUUAUGUUUCAAUAUUUUUAGCAAAAAUUUUCAGUGAAAUAAAAAAUUACAUGUUUUAAUAAAUUUCAAAUACCUCAAGUCAAUGGAACCAACAGGCAACAAUGAAACCUAUUUGAUGGAAGAAUAGAUACAUACAGGUUUAACAUGGAAUUUGGAACCAAGAUGUUGUGGUCUUACUGGUGAAUUGACCAAUGCAAUUUUCAAUCCAGUAGUGGCAAAAUUAGAUUGAAGAAUAAGACUUAUUUGAUUAGAUUGGUCAGAAGGUGAAAAUAUUAUUUUCUUCUCGAAGGCAAGCUGACUGACUGUGCAUCAGAACAUUACUGACGAUAAAUUGUCACUCCAAUGUUUGUCUCUUGCUUGCUUGUCCAUGGACAAUUUUUGACCAAAAUUCUCUCUCCGUUUCAAGAUGAAUAUAUUUUGCACGUAUUAAGAAAUGUAAUAAAUAGAAAAUAUAAAAUUGUCAUUUUACCAAAUUAUUUUUAUUAACUAUUGGUGUGUUUUCCACCGUCAUAAAUUUAGAGUGGAAUUAAAGUUUUGGAAAUAGUGUACAUGAUAUUAAUUGGAUGGUGCAAUUAGAAAAAAAAUAAUUAAAGUUACAUUGAAAAUUAAAAAUAGCAUUCAUUUUGAAUUUUUUUUUUUUUGUUAAAGUGAUACUCAUUGUGAAACGGGUGGAGUAUCAAAGAAGAAAUCUGGUUUUAAUUAUGAGAUGAUAACUGGUUUGACAAAAACCAUACCAGUUUUAAAAUGCAAUCUUUAUUCCUUAAGUUAUUAUAGGUUUCAAUUUGAAUAUAGUUUGGUUCAAUGAAUAAUCCAUUUAUGUACAGGACACCCCUAAUUGCAAUUUGCUGAAUUUCACUCCUGAGAUUGUUUGUGAAGGGCACAUAUUAGAUUAUUAUCUCAUGAAUAGAAUUUAAUGACUUUGAUUUUGGCUUCCCCUUGCAUACACAUACUCUUCCUAUUGGAUUAUUUGUUUGCAUACAUUACAGCAUACUCCAUUUUGCUAGUAGACAUUCUUUCUUUCUUUUUGUGCUUGUGGAUUUCUACUUUUUAGAUAUGUGAGCACCCUUUCAAAGUAAAGUUUAAUGCUAAAAGAUGCAGCUAGUACAAUGUAUUGAAAAUAUGGUUUCUGUAUUAUUUUGUUGUAGGAUUAGGAUGAUAUCUUGAAUGAGCUGAAACAUCAUAUUCUUUGUUUGGAUGUAUUUUGGGUAACCUUCUUCAUAUUCUUUCGCCAGGAUGGUGUUUUAGCAGGUGUGCAUGGCUGCAUUAGAAAUUAAACAUCUACGAUUGUAAAAGACAGAAAGUUUGGGGAUUAACAUGAAACCAUACUGGAGAAAAAUCUUCAACAAAUUUAAAAAUUUUAGUAUAUACAUAUAUUCUAUUUACCUAGAAUGUUUGCAGGUCACUCAUCAAUGAAAUAGAGUUGCGUGAUUAGAUCAACUAUUCAUGUCUAACUUGGUUAUAGAAGGUCAAUUAAGAGAUGAUCUCCGUGGGUAGUAUCUGCUCUUGAGGAUCUUCUCUAACACAUUCCUCCUGAAUUCUUGGCUCUAGAUAGUCUAUCCCAACUCAUCUAAUGGAUUUUAUACCUUCAACACUUGAGCCCCACCAGAACCUUGGAAGCAUAAAAUCAAGGUUAACCACUUGACCUGAAGCUUGUUGGUAAGUUGCAAGGAUGUCCAAGAUAGCUCUUGCCUCACUUCUUGUUGCCCUUGAGAAAAGGAGGCCAUUAUCAGCACACACAAAAAAAGGGUGAGAUAUUUGUGGUGCUUGUCUAGCCACUUUGAUGUCGUGAUUUAGCUUUGCCUCUACGCCUCUCUUAAUUAAACCUGAAAAAAACAUCAGCACACAUUAUGAAUAAAUAAGUGGACAAUGAAUCCCCUAAACAAAUAUAACUUUAGCCUCUAGACAUAUCAAUCAAAAUUUCAAAGGAAUCUGAUUCAAACAGAGGAUUUAAAUCCUUUGAUAAUUGGUCAUCAACCCCUUUGCUUGUUA